AUGGAAUGUUUUUUUUUGUAUCUUAUGUACACAAACACAAAAACCAUGGAGUUACGAAUAACAAAUAAAAUGCGUUUUUAGCUGUAACACGUGUCGAGUUUACACGUAGAAAAAUAUGUGUUAGUUUUCCUUUGUAUUUUGGUGUUACAUUUUAAGUUAAAACAUGUUUGUGUUAGCCGAAAUGAAACAUGUUAUUCGAACUCCUCCGUGGAAGUUUCACGUAAAGCUAAAUGAUGCAAUUGCAGAAGAAUUAAACAGGAAAUUAGCAAACAAGGUGGUCCUGAACGUUGGGCUGUGCAUAGCCCUCUACGACAUAGUCGGUUUGGAGGACUCUUACAUCUUCCCAGGCGACGGUUCAGCCCACACGAAGGUGAAGUUCCGCUACGUGGUUUUCCGCCCGUUCAUGGAGGAAGUGAUCAUUGGGAAGAUACGGAGUUGUAGCCGUGAAGGUGUACAUGUCACGCUGGGCUUCUUCGACGACGUCAUCAUCCCGCCCGCUGCGCUGCAGCACCCGUCCAGGUUCGACGAGACGGAGCAGGUGUGGGUGUGGGAGUACGACACGGGCGGCGGCAGCCACGACCUCUUCAUGGACGCCGGUGAAUCGAUAAAGUUUCGAGUGACGGCUGAAAAUUUUGUCGAGACCUCCCCCAAAGGGCCGGAGACCCCGUCGGACACGGCAUCUACCAGCGAGGCACCGAAAGAAGAGGCGAAAAUUCCGUACUCGUUAACGGGAGGUAUAAAUGAACCAGGCCUUGGCUUACUGUCAUGGUGGGAAAACUCGUGAAAUUUUUAAAUGUUUUCGACAAUUAAGGUUUAUUUCCUGAUGAGAAAUAAGUUAUAAAUGAUAUGUAACAUAUUAUAAAUGUUAAUGAGCUCAUUUGUUCAACUCAAUAUUUUUUUUUAAAUCUCAUAACAUACAAGAACGUUUUUUUUUGCAUUAAAAUGUGAAAUAAACAUACUUUUUUACAUGAUUUUUAUGAAAUAAAAGUUUCUGUAAUAUA